UGCAGACCUUUAGCACACACAACAGUUCUUCUUUUUUUUUAGCUCGCUCAGAGAAGAUCUCUUGCAACGGCCAACAAGAAAACAACAAUAAUCACAUUUAAAAGAAAAAAUAAAUAAAUAAAAAUCUCCGUGAUAAGCUCUCGUGAAAAUCUAGUAUUCCAUGUCACUUCUAGGCUUGUGUCAACAAUUUCAUCGUCAGUUGAGAAAAUAAUGCUGUCGCCUUAGCAUCCAACCAUCCAUUCCUCUACACUAAGAAAAUUACGCGUGUCCAGUUUUAAAACGAAAACAAUCGCACAAAAUUUCAACUUUAAAUACAGCGGCGGGAAAACAAAAAUUGGAAAUAAGUUAAAAAUAAAGCUAAGCUUUACAAACACCGCACAGUAAAAUUUGUGAUACUAGUGAUACAUUACAUAAAAACCUGAUACGCAUUGCGUAUGUCGACAUUAACAAAUUAUGUCGGAUUCUUUUGAGAUAAACAAUAUUGAGGAAAAUAGUGCUCUAUACCAAUUGUUAAAGAAUUGUGUCAACCUUCAAUCAUACGAUAGUCUACCAAUUGAAGAUUUCAACGACGUAUGCGCAGCUGCCGAUUACACAAGCACAAUUUACUUGGAUAACUACCCGAAAAUGAUAUCGACUAAUAAUGUUUACUCAGUUAGCGGGAAUCUUUCGAAUGGCAGUAGUUAUACCAGCGACGAUUCAUUGAGCGAUAAUAUUCUGGAGGAGAACGGUAGAAUAUCACUGGCCUAUGAAAAUUUGCGCACCAUACCGAGACGUAUAGCGGAAAAAUUCGCAUUACAAACAAAAUUUCUAGAUUUAAGUUAUAAUAAUUUUCAGAAUCUAUCAUUUCUAACAUUCUUCGAAGACCUACACACAUUGAUUUUGGAUCGCAAUAGUAAUUUGGAAGUCAAUUCGUUGCCCUAUUUGCCUAAUUUAAAAAUAUUGUGGAUCAAUAACUGUGAUAUUAAAAACAUUGUAGAUUGGAUACAACGAAUACAUUCACAAUGUCCAUCCUUGGAAUAUUUAUCGCUUAUGGGAAAUCCUGGCGUUAAAGAUUUCAAUGGCUGCACUUUGCAUAAUAUGUACACCAUGGACUCACUGAUAUUGCCCACCGGCUUAAUUACCGACUACAGAGAGUAUAUUUUGCAAAUGCUACCCAAUCUGCAAUAUCUGGAUGGCAUUCCCAGGGAAGGCUGUCAUCAGCAUCCCAUGGUAAAUGGUUGUGUCAACAACAACAAUAAUGAUAUACCCUCAUCACCGGCCAGCUCUAGGGGGAAUGGCUCCUCGUCACAAAGUCAUGGCAAUCGCAAAAUUUCCCCCACCCUAAGUUUCAAGGAUCUCUUUAGGUUAAACCUUCGCAAGAAGUCAUACCCAAGUUCUUCAACCAACUGAUGAACUUGAAUGGAUGGGAAUGCAAUGGAAAAGUUUUCUAGGAGUUUAAUGACACCACAUAGCCAUCACACAAAACAUCACAUCACUUCGGAAAAUAAUUAUAAUAAUAAUGAGCCUUAUCAUGUCGUACAUGAUGAACUAUUGUACGUACGUGCGUAGUAUAGUUGCUUGGUACCUAGUAACUGCUGUAUUUGUUACAUAAAAUGUUGAUUUUCUUCUUUGCAAAGAUUAUAACUAUUUUUAAUGUUGUCCCACCAUGCUUAUCUUUUUUUAUAUUGUAUUUUUUAUGAUCUUUCUC